AUGCUUAGAUCCAUUGCUGCCACCCCAAGACUCGCCGCUGCUGCUAGAUCAAGUUACAGAACCCUCUCGAUUCUGGCUACCAGAUUGGCCAAGAAUGACAGCUCCACAAUUGACUCGUACAAACUCCCCUCGCAAACAUCGAUCAAUGAAUGGGAAUUCAAGUACGACUUUGUUCCGAAGGUUGCAGAACCUAAGGUUCCUCCGGUGAGCAAGGAGGCUAUCCAGCAAGAAAAGGCCCAGGUCAAGAAACAGCAAGUGGAGAAGGAAUUGCUCUCCAAGGAACAGCAUCUGUCGAUUAAGGUUGAGGCCAACCACGCGAGUGUUGUCCAUGGUGGUGAGGCCGUUGGUGCCGAACCCGAGCUGCUUCAAGACCGAGCAUCGGAGCCGGUCGAUGCCCAGUCGCCAGUCCAGGAGGCCGCCAAAAUCGACUCAUCCAAGUAUCAACAGCUGUCGCUCAACGAAAACAUCAACAACUCAUCUGUUGUGAACAUGAGCCAAAGCCGCGCUGUUGACCACAACUCCGGCACCGUGGAUGUUCCUCCGGAGAUCCAUGACGCAGAGGAGGCAGAGAAAGCCACCCAGAAGCCACCUCUGUCUGCACAGGCCGAGAGCGGUUUCAGUCCAGUCACCAUGUUGGCUGUUUUGGGUCUUGGCGGAGUUGCCGGAUACUUUGCUUUCAACGGAAAGGAAAAGAAGUAA